GGCGCUGAGCGCGGCAGGCGCGGGAGCUGGCGCUGGAGCCGAAGCGGCGGCGGCGGCGGCGGCAUUCGUGGGGCGGCGGCGGCGCGGGCUCCGGCACGGGCUCGGGCUCCGGCAUGGUGCAAUCCGGCCUCGUCCCGGGAGAGCGGGGCCCGCGCGUGGGGCCGGCGCCCGGGGAGCGGCGGCAGCGGCGGUGGCGGUGGUGGCUGCAGGCGCAGGCGGGCGGCAGGUGCUAGAAGCGGGGCUGGGCGAGGUGUGUGCCCGCUGGGCUCCCGGGCCGCCGCCCCCUCACUGCCCCGGUCUUUCCCUUCCUUCGUGCUUCCCAGCGAGUCCAGCCCCCUGCCUCCGCGCCCCGGCCCAUGGCGCCCCGCGGUUGAGCCGGCGCCGCCAGGGACCCCUCCCGCGGGCCUCCCCGGGGCGCGCAGAUCCCGGAGCCGCCCGCCCACCCUCCUCGGAGUCUCCCUCCCUUCCUCGCCCGAGUCGGGCGGGACCAUGGCUGCGAAGCUGCGAGCGCAUCAGGUGGACGUGGACCCGGACUUCGCGCCGCAGAGCCGGCCGCGUUCGUGUACCUGGCCCCUGCCGCAGCCCGACUUGGCCGGCGACGAGGACGGAGCGCUGAGCGCAGGGGUGGCUGAGGGCGCCGAGGACUGCGGGCCGGAGCGCCGGGCGACGGCCCCAGCGAUGGCCCCAGCGCCGCCGCUGGGCGCGGAGGUCGGACCUCUGCGGAAAGCGAAGAGCUCCCGGCGGAACGCGUGGGGGAACCUGUCCUACGCCGACCUCAUCACCAAAGCCAUCGAGAGCGCCCCGGACAAGCGGCUCACGCUCUCGCAGAUCUACGACUGGAUGGUCCGUUAUGUGCCCUACUUCAAGGAUAAAGGCGACAGCAACAGCUCGGCCGGCUGGAAGAACUCCAUCCGACACAACCUGUCGCUGCACACCCGUUUCAUCCGCGUGCAGAACGAAGGCACAGGCAAGAGUUCCUGGUGGAUGCUGAACCCUGAGGGCGGAAAGACAGGCAAGACCCCGCGGCGCAGGGCCGUGUCCAUGGACAACGGGGCCAAGUUUCUGCGCAUCAAGGGCAAGGCGAGCAAGAAGAAGCAGCUGCAGGCCCCCGAGCGAAGUCCCGACGACAGCCCCCCGGGCGUGCCUGCCCCAGGGCCCUUGCCUGCGGCGGCCAAGUGGGCCGCCAGCCCGGCCUCGCACGCCAGCGACGACUACGAGGCGUGGGCCGACUUCCGCGGCGGCGGGAGACCCCUGCUCGGCGAGGCGGCCGAGUUAGAAGACGACGAGGCCCUGGAGGCCCUGGCGCCGUCGUCGCCGCUUAUGUACCCGAGCCCCGCGAGCGCGCUGUCGCCGGUGCUGGGCGCCCGCUGCCCCGGGGAGCUGCCGCGCCUGGCCGAGCUGGGAGGCCCGCUAGGCCUGCACGGCGGCUGCGGCGGCGGCGGCGCGGGGAUACCCGAGGCCCUGCUGGACGGCGCGCAGGACGCGUACGGGCCGCGGGCCCGCGCCGGGACGCCGGCCUACUUCGGCGGCUGCAAGGGCGGCGCCUACGGCGGGGGCGGGGGCUUCGGGCCGCCGGCGCUGGGCGUGCUGCGCCGCCUGCCCAUGCAGACCAUCCAGGAGAACAAGCAGGCCAGCUUCGCGCCGGCCGCCGCGCCCUUCCGCCCGGGGGCGCUGCCCGCGCUGCUGCCGCCGCCGCCGCCCGCGCCCAGGCCCGGCCCCGUGCUGGGCGCGCCGGGGGAGCUGGCGCUGGCGGGCGCGGCCGCCGCCUACCCCGGCAAGGGGGCGGCCCCGUACGCGCCGCCGGCGCCCUCGCGCAGUGCCUUAGCCCACCCCAUCAGCCUUAUGACGCUGCCCGGCGAGGCGGGCGCCGCAGGCCUGCCACCGCCCGGCCACGCCGCCUUCGGGGGCCCGCCCGGCGGCCUCCUGCUGGACGCGCUGCCCGGGCCAUACCCGGCCGCCGCCGCCGGGCCGCUGGGUGCCGCGCCCGACCGCUUCCCGGCCGACCUGGACCUCGACAUGUUCAGCGGGAGCCUCGAGUGCGACGUCGAGUCCAUCAUCCUCAACGACUUCAUGGACAGCGACGAAAUGGACUUCAACUUCGACUCGGCCCUGCCUCCGCCGCCGCCCGGACUGGCCGGGGCCCCGCCCCCCAACCAGAGCUGGGUGCCGGGCUGAAGGCCUCCUCCGGCACCCCAGGUGCCCCUGUCCCGUCCCCCAGGGGCCUCUGUCUUCCCGUCCCGAUCCCCGGGUCCCCAUCCCCGAUUCCAGCUCCACGGGAGGGUCCAGGAGGCAGCCCCAGCCCUGCUACAGACAUCCCUCAGGCGCUGACCGCUGAGGGAAGGAGGAGAGAGGGGCUGGGGCACCCCACCAUUCCUGCCUAAACUCCUGAGACCCGCUCCCUCUCUCCCUGGGGCAGGAAGCCUGGGAGAGGAGGCAGAAUUCCGGGCUUGGUGGGAGUGGGCGGGAGCGAGGUGGGCCGCCUGGUGUGGAUGCUGGUCGGGGAAGCCAACUAGGAGACGGCUUCGGUUUUACUUGUGGAGCCCUCGCCGUGAUGCACAGUUUGUCCCAAACUCCUAUCAGACUCCCAAAUGACACUCCCACUGGUCUUAGCCUCACCUACCCCAAGCCAGCAGCCCUCUCCCGAAAACCCACUCACACCUACCUACUGGCCAUUCACUCUGAGCAGUCCACUUGCAGCCUAAACCACCCUCCGACGACCCCUUCCCCCACGGUGCAGCCCCUCUCCCCCGUCCUUGCCGGCCCUAGCUUCUCCCCUCCCCCCUCGGGGUCAACCCCUCUCUUUCCAUUCCCCACCCCCCGCCCCCAGUACUGGUCUCAGCCUCUCCAGCGGGCCUCAGCUCCGGAUUCACCCCCAGUCCGACACCCCUCUCUCGAGCCAGUCCUGGCCCCUGUCUCCCAUAUUUAUAAGUGUCUGGUCGGGGCGGGCGGUGGGCGCGGCGUCCCCGGCGCGUAUCGUAGGCAGUGUACCGUGGCCGUGCCGUCAGCGUGUGCGUGUGCGUGUGUGCCGUGUCAAGGCCGUGUAGAGUGCAUUGUACAGCAUAUUUUCAUGAAUAAAAUUGUUUUAAAUAUU